CCGGAGCGGCUGAGCAGCGCUGGACAACAGUAUCAGUUACGAGCGUCGGGACGAGACACCGCGGCAGAUCUGAAUGAAACCAUGUCUAAAGGACCAGCAGUUGGCAUCGACCUGGGCACCACCUACUCCUGCGUUGGAGUUUUUCAGCAUGGCAAAGUUGAGAUCAUUGCCAAUGACCAAGGAAACAGGACCACACCCAGUUAUGUCGCUUUUACUGAUACCGAGAGGCUGAUUGGAGAUGCAGCCAAGAAUCAAGUGGCUCUGAACCCCAAUAACACAGUAUUUGAUGCGAAGCGUCUUAUAGGACGUCGAUUUGAUGACAGUGUUGUCCAGUCAGACAUGAAGCACUGGCCCUUUACAGUUAUUAAUGACAAUUCACGCCCAAAAGUAAAGGUGGAGUACAACGGUGAGACCAAGACCUUCUACCCAGAAGAGAUCUCCUCCAUGGUGUUGCUUAAAAUGAAGGAGAUUGCAGAGGCAUACCUUGGCAAGACUGUUACAAAUGCUGUGGUCACUGUGCCUGCUUACUUUAAUGACUCUCAGCGCCAGGCUACCAAAGAUGCAGGAACCAUUUCUGGCCUUAAUGUCCUUCGUAUCAUCAACGAGCCGACUGCUGCGGCUAUUGCUUAUGGCCUGGACAAAAAGGUUGGAUCUGAGAGAAAUGUCCUCAUCUUUGACCUGGGCGGCGGCACAUUUGACGUCUCCAUCUUGACAAUCGAGGAUGGCAUCUUUGAGGUGAAGUCCACAGCAGGGGACACGCACUUAGGCGGUGAAGACUUUGACAACCGCAUGGUCAAUCACUUCAUCUCUGAGUUCAAACGCAAGUACAAGAAAGACAUCAGCGACAACAAGCGGGCGGUUCGUCGUCUGCACACGGCGGGCGAGAGAGCCAAGCGCACGCUGUCCUCCAGCACUCAGGCCAGCAUCGAAAUUGAUUCCCUCUACGACGGCAUCGAUUUCUACACUUCGAUCACCAGGGCUCGUUUUGAGGAGCUGAAUGCAGACCUGUUCCGAGGGACACUCGAGCCUGUGGAGAAGGCUCUCCGCGACGCAAAGAUGGACAAAGCUCAGAUUCACGACAUAGUCUUGGUGGGAGGCUCCACUCGCAUUCCAAAGAUCCAGAAGCUGCUGCAGGACUUCUUCAACGGGAAGGAUCUCAAUAAGAGCAUUAACCCUGAUGAGGCAGUUGCCUAUGGGGCAGCUGUGCAGGCAGCCAUCCUGUGUGGUGACAAGUCUGAGAAUGUGCAAGACCUGCUGCUGUUGGAUGUAACCCCCUUGUCCCUGGGCAUCGAAACAGCCGGUGGAGUCAUGACUGUGCUCAUCAAAAGAAACACUACCAUCCCCACGAAGCAGACCCAGACCUUUACCACCUACGCAGACAACCAGCCCGGUGUGCUCAUUCAGGUGUAUGAGGGUGAAAGGGCCAUGACCAAAGACAACAACUUGUUGGGAAAAUUUGAUCUGACUGGAAUUCCUCCGGCUCCUCGAGGGGUUCCCCAGAUUGAGGUGACUUUUGACAUUGAUGCUAACGGCAUCAUGAAUGUGUCUGCAGUUGAUAAGAGCACUGGGAAAGAGAACAAGAUCACAAUCACGAAUGACAAAGGUCGCCUGAGCAAGGAGGACAUCGAGCGCAUGGUCCAGGAGGCAGAGAAGUACAGGACUGAGGAUGAUGUCCAGAGAGAGAAAGUGUCAGCCAAGAACGGCCUGGAGUCUUACGCCUUCAACAUGAAGUCAACCGUGGAGGAUGAAAAGCUGAGGGACAAGAUCAGCAAUGAGGACAAGCAGACGAUUCUGGAUAAGUGUAACGAGGUCAUCAGCUGGCUGGAUAGGAAUCAGUCUGCAGAGAAAGAUGAGUUUGAACAUCAGCAGAAGGAGCUGGAGAAGGUGUGUAACCCCAUCAUGACCAAGUUGUACCAAAAUGCAGGAGGAAUGCCCGGGGGAACGCCCGGGGGAUUCCCUGGAGCGGGUGGGGCUCCUGGAGCAGGAGGAUCCUCUGGCCCCACAAUCGAGGAAGUGGACUAAACUACAGGAGAUUGAACAUGCAUGAAGAUGCCUCUUUGCCUUGUGAGAUUUUUCAUGUUUUCAAUAUUACCCAAGCUUGUGAGGAGCUGCUUUUACUUCAGUUUUUUGGCGAGACUUUUCUUGUCCUUUUUUCUUUCGUAUGACACUCAAGGCAACACUUGCACUGUGAUUUCUUCUAAGCACUUUUCAUGACAUGCACACACUUUAAGCUAGUUAAUGUUAUUAUUAAAGUGUGUUUACUCUGGUUAUUCAAUGAAGCUGAAGCUGUUUCUGUUGCACAAAGUCUUUCAAGAU